AUGAUAACAGGAGAUCAGCUGAAGACUGCAUGCGCUAUUGCUGCAGAGCUGGGUAUACUGCAGCAGCACCAGCAGCAGCAGCAACAGGGGGAGCAGCAGCAGCAGCAGCAGCAGCAGGAUGCUGCUAUUUUGUGCGCAAGGCUGCACCAAGACGAUGACCCUUCUCUCCCCUUCAAACCCAAUGAAGAACUCGACCCUCUUGUCGCCAAGUCAGUCCCUAGGAAAGAAACGAAAAUGAGGUACUUCUGCUCCUGCAGCGAAUAUCGGGUGUCCAGACACUACGUCGGCUGGGUCACCAACAUCGACUACUACAGCCCCUCCAGGGGCGGUCCGGUGCAAGUGUUGGGAGCAGCAAAGGGGCGGCACGCGGAGCUUUCUGCUGCUGCAGCAGAGCUGCUGCCGUUUAUAAAAGAAGACAUGCAGCAAAACUGUCCAUCUCCUUUAUUUAAAGACGAGUUGGGUUGGUGCAGGCCGCCGGACCGGCAGCAAAUCAGCAGCAGCAGCAGCAGCAGCAGCAGCAACUUGGGCGUCUUCCCCAGCAAGUACGCAGACAGCAGCUCCAGGGGGGCCAAAAUGGCCAGGACUGCAGCUUUCAUUGCUGCUGUUUGGUGCGAAAUGCUGCGCGCAUACACGGGCCCCGAAGGCUCGUCGAUGGGCUCGCGGAAGCAGCGGGGGAAGCAGAUGAAGGAAAAAAGGAAAAUUUAA